UCGUCAGUAGUCGGCAGGUCUUUUUUCCGCGCGGAACAGUGCGCGUUCGUGGCGGUCGUGCGUGCGUCCGUUGAAGCUUCACUGAGAUACUCCGUUGUCCGGCUCUGUGGCGGCACGCUGGCCUCACUUCAUCCUGACGGCGAGGGAGUAGUCACGAGACUCGGCCAGUGAACCGCGCGCGCAUCGCUCGUCAACGUCGCGCAACGUCGGACGCGUCGUUCACGAAACGCGGCGACGUUCGGGAAGAAGACGCGUCCCGCGAAUUCCGCACGCACGGUGCGACGGCUCCCGGGAAACGCUCCUCUUCGACGCGCUUCCUCGCGCUCGGGGAAACCGGGUGAACGGCGGCCGCGGAUUCCGGCCGCUGAUUCCCCCCGGGCCGAUCUCCGCUCUCGGCGUCGUCGUCGUCGUCGUCGCGGGGGUCGCGAGACGGGCGCCGCGCUGUUACGCCGAAUUUCGUGUGAUUGCGCGAACGUGAGAGAGCGGGACGAGAGGGGAAGGCGCAGCGCGCAAAUAAUGCCGGCAGGAGCUGUUCGGCCCGCGUGUGAUUCCUAUGAGUUGUGUUCCUGAGGCGGCAGGUGAACAGGCGCAAGUCGCCAGUUUUCAGCGCCGGCCGGCCCGAUAAUCUCUCUCGGCUUGACUUGGAAACAAAGUCUCGCCGAAAGACUCGGGGGAAAAAAAGAGAAAGACAGAGCGCCGUGGACGGACUAAAACACUUCUCCUAUCUCUCUCUCUCUCUCUCUCUCUUUCUCUCUCUUCUGGGUGGUUUCUUCUUUCGGUAACGCACACGCGACUGCUCUCGCUCACACCGCCUGCGUGUACGUGCGCGCGCGCGUGUGUGUGUGUGUGUGUGUGUGUGCGUGGCCGCCGCUACCGCCACACUUGCAUCUGCGGGAGGGAGCUCGUCCCCCCUGAGGAGCCUUCGACCUUUUGCCGCACGCAAGGGGGGUGAUGCGCUUUAGUCCGGCCCGACGAUUCGGGACUUAGCCGUGCGAAAAUCGGGAGCCGCACCGAUGCCGAAAUCGACGACUAAGUGGAGAUUCUGGAGGAAGUCGAAGAGGGCCGUUCUUGAGGAGAACGAGCAGAAGGAGAGCAAACGCAAGCGCUCGGAGCCGGUGGUGGUGACGCAGUUAAUCCUGCAGGACGACCGAGUGGCGGAGCAGGAGCCCAAGAGAAAGACGAUGGAGCAUCCGUUGGGCAACAAGGGCGUUGAGCCCCGGCUGCCGAAGGUCACGCCGAUCAUCGAGGAUUAUGAGAUCAGCAGUCACGUGCUGGGCCUCGGCAUCAACGGCAAGGUCGUGCAGUGCUACGACAAACAAAAGAGACAGAAGUACGCCCUUAAGGUCCUGCGUGAUUCUGUCAAGGCACGAAGAGAGGUCGAACUUCACUGGAAAGCGUCGGACUGCAAGCAUAUAGUCCAAGUGAAAGAUGUGUACGAGAACAGCUACGGGGGCUGCAAGUGUCUGCUGGUAGUUAUGGAAUGCAUGGAGGGCGGCGAGCUGUUUCAGAGGAUACAGGACCGACAAGACGGUGCUUUCACCGAAAGAGAAGCCGCGGAGGUGAUGUACGAGAUUUGCGCGGCGGUGAAGUAUAUACACGACAUGAACAUCGCUCACAGGGACCUGAAGCCCGAGAAUCUGUUGUACUCUAAACCCGAUAGCACGGGCAUCCUAAAACUCACCGACUUCGGCUUCGCGAAGGAAACUUUUUCGAAAGACAACACGCUGCAGACGCCAUGUUACACGCCUUACUACGUCGCCCCGGAAGUUCUAGGAACGGAAAAGUACGACAAGAGCUGUGAUAUUUGGUCGCUGGGAGUUAUCAUGUACAUACUAUUGUGCGGCUUCCCGCCGUUCUACAGCAUGCACGGGCACGCGAUGUCGCCCGGGAUGAAGAAGAAGAUACGGCAAGGACAGUACGACUUCCCCUCGCCGGAAUGGUCGAACGUGAGCAAGGAGGCGCGGAAUCUUAUCGAGGGUAUGCUCUGCAUAGACCCGGCGCAGAGGUUGCAGAUCGACGAUGUGAUGCGCAACAAGUGGAUUGCCAGAUACACAGAGGUGCCCGCCACUCCCUUGCACACUGGGCGCGUUUUACGCGAGGGCGAGGAGUCUUGGCCUGAGGUGCAGGAGGAGAUGACGCGAUCGCUGGCGACGAUGCGCGUGGACUACGACACGGCGCGAUUGAAGCAGCUCGACCACACGAACAAUCCGCUGCUGAACAAACGGAGACGCGCGAAAGAGGCGAACGCGGUGCCGCCGGCCGCCAGCCCGACGGCCGCCUCCUAGGAGGAGGACGCUGCCAUCUUCGGAACCAGACGGAAGUGGAUUGUCUUCUUACGUAGGUGCGUCCGAUACAGCGUGGUCACCACGAGAAUCGUUUUCUGACUGCUACAUCUCACCAAGCGCAAGGGAUUCCAGAGUAGGAUAGUCGAAAUAGUGUCGAAGGGUGCUUAACUUAGACCGCCGAUAUGCGCAGAAGAGGCGUGUACCGUCACGCUUAUUAGCGUUUGAUUAUUAGAAACGCUGUGUGUGUGUGUUAUUAUACAUACACACAGAUACACAUUACUUCUGUAUAUUGAACAUUUUUUAAAAUAUGCUAACCGCGUAAAACCAACUCGUACGCGCGAACAAAGAGCGAGUCACACAAUUAUCGGUUAUUAACGAGAUAUUUCAUCGGGCGCUUGUUAGGUCAGCUCCCGCCAUGGUUGUAGGCUUAGUAAUUAUGAUUAUUCCAAUAUAACGGCCUUUAGAAAAAUGGCCUUGAGUUGACAAAUGGUACACCACUUAUACGUAUCUUUUGACAAAAUCUGACCUGCUCGCCUACCACGGUUCAUCGGGAAAAUUAUCCGCUGCGAACCACUCCAUUUUACGUUUCUUUUUGUUUAUGUAGGAGUGUAAAAUAUCUAUAUGGACAUGGGAUAAAAAUAGAUCACUGUCACGCAUAGGUGACGUUGGUCUCUCGUGAAAAUCGAGGUCGCGUGGUGGCGAGCGUGUUAAACCGAUAGCACUUGCACUUGGAAAAAAAAGUACAUGUGCAACCAAGUGGAGUGUUGCUUCUCGAGUAUGUCUCUGUAUAUACAUAUAUAGUAGAUACGUUCUGAUGUAGACGUCGACAACAAGACGGUCGUUUCGCAGAUAUUACACGCGAUUUCUGCGCAAACGUAAAUGCAAAUACAAUAACGUACAUGCUAUUUACCGUGCGCUAUGCGUUACGACUAGCUGCAGCGAUAGUUGCUCAUAUUUCAUUAUCACACUGGAGAAUUUGCGUGCUUAACCAUCAUCGGUUAAUCAAACGCGCGAUGUUUGUGUGUGUAUUUAUGCCGAUAAAUAUCAAGCGUAGUGAGUGUCAUCUCACGUAAUAUCGUCUUUGGUGCCCGUCCAGCUCGUUUCAAACGUACGCGUGUAUUUCCAAUUUCCAUUAUCAUUACCCACGUCGGUUCAAGAGAGGACCGAGCUCCCCGCUCGGUGUAGCUAUAAUAUAAUGCAAUCAAUUUAGAAGUUGAAUAAUUUCUAUUCCAAUAUACAUACAUAUAUAUAUAUAUAUAUACAUACAUACAAGUACACACGUAGUUAGGUUUACAUAUAUUUAGUCUCUGUGAAGGGUUUGUUAAACAGUCGCAGUGAGGGAAAUUGGCUCUCGAAGGAUUGCGAGAUGUAUAUUAUAUUCCGGGCACGAUAUUGAGGCUGAAUUUAACUCUUUGCGUUCCGCAGAUACUCUUGCGCGAUGUUGAAAAUUUACUUCGUGGAUCUCGCGUGCAGAUUCGUAACGUCUGUCAUAUAUUUCAUACUAUCAAAGUGAAUGGAAAAAGGAUUUAACAGUAAUUUGUUACAUAGUCUGUAUUCUUAAUUUAACACAAUGUUAUCGUUAUGGUGGAGUAGAACAUCGAAACCUACACACACUCACAAGGCUUGAAUGCAAAGAGUUAAGACCUAAUUUAAAAAAGAAAAAAGACUUAAUUUUUUAAUUUAACAAAUAUGACAUCUGUCAUAUGACGGAAUUCCCUUCGUAGAAUCUUAUGGGGUAGAUAUUGACUCGCAGUAAUAAUGUUCAUUAUAUGUUGUCGACGAUGUUUGGAAAAUGAAAAUGAAAAGUUUAACGUGAAGUAUCUAAACGUGAAUGUAUCAGUAGCCCUGAAAAGGUUAAAUCACAAGUGUUACAAAUCAUACUUCGUCCGAGAACGAUCGUGUGCUACGGAAUAAGUGUAGAUCAGUGUGUAGAUCAGAAUAUUGUAUCGUUAGGGAGAGAUAGUGAUAUAAAAAUUGUAUAUAUAUAUAUUUUUGUCCUAACGCGUUCCGUGUCGGACCAAUUUUAUGCGACUUGUCAUCAGUGCCGCGUGGCUCAUAUCGCGCGUGGGUGACCGACGCGGCACGGAACGUGUUAAUCUUGUUCACGUAUUUGUUGUAUAAAUAUUUACGAUUGUGCAAGGGAAUAAUCGUUAGAGGUUCACGUAAGAGAAUCAAGUGAAACGUCGGUCGAUUGAUUUUCGGCUAUGAAUCGCAAUAGAGGGAGAGAUAUAUUUGAGGGAAGAAAGAUGAGAGAGAUUUACGAUGUGCCUGUAACUCUGAUCAAGGAAAAAGAUUGCGUUUGAUCACGAGUGCGUUUUAGAGUAUACGGAAAGUGUCGCUAAUGAUGCAGCAUCGCCGCAAAAAGUAGCAGGUUAAUAUUUUAGAAAAAGAGAAGAGACACCGGUUUUUUUUUUUUUUGUUUUUUUUUUUUUUUUACGUCUCAAUAAUCACAGCCUGUGUAGAUGUGAGAGAUAUAUAUUCGUACAAAAUUUAUAUAUGGAAAGUCGUUCAAAAAUUCCAGGUAGUAAGAUAUAUCGUAUAUGAAUAGUAUAGUUUUUAAUCGUAUAUAGAGCAUACGCAGUUCCUCGUGUUCUUUACGCCGAUCGACGGGUUCAAUUAUUACACAUCUAAGAGAAAAAUGCAAAUAAAUAGUGCGGCCGUACAUGCUAGGUCAAUUUAAAUAAUCACAACUUAAACGGGUUCAACUGCAGUAGCGAAGUAUUUUUAUAAAUCUAAGGUGUGCCGGUUCGAUCUGCAUUUAAAAGAAUUGACAAUAAAUAUAGGUUCCCUCCCCUUUUAACUUUCGUCUCACUGUUACUCACGUCCGGUUGUUGUAGUUCUCAGCAUCACAAUGACCUCAAAGUCCGUGUAUUUUUAACCAUGUAAUAGUUGUAAAUUUCCAUAAACUAAGACAUGUUCACGAUUAAAAUUAAAGGAAAAAAAAA